AUGACCGGUGUUUCAAUAAUGUUUUAUCUAUACCUUUUUUUUUCUUCAAUUGUUGUCGCUGAAAUAUCAUGGGAUAAUUGUGCAAGUGAUACAAAUACUAUGAAAUUGGUAGAUCUUGAAAUCGAUCCAUAUCCAGUUGUAACACCGGGAACAAUAUCUGUAAAGAUUACUAUUCAUAACGAUAAACCUAUCUCAAGUCCAUUAAAAGCAGAAUUAUCAUUACAUAAAAAACUUUUAUUCGGUUCUAUUCCUAUUCCUUGUGUCAGUGGUAUUGGUUCAUGUAAAUUCGUUGAUCUUUGUAGUCUAUGUUCACAAUGUUGCCCAUUAACAGCAGGUGAUCAUGUGAUAACUUUACCAAUUACAAUUGAUACUACUUCAUGGGCACUUACUGGUAAUUAUUAUGCACAAGUUGAUAUAGAAACAAGUUCAGAAGAAAAAGGAUGUGUUAAACUUAAUAAUAUUCAAAUUAAAUCGAGCAAAUGA